AUGAAUGCCAAUCCCAUCAGCAUGUCCAUCCGCACAGCCAUGUCUCUUGGCCGACUAAACCCCGCCGCGCCCUCGCUCGCCGGCGCUCUUCGUCCUCUCCACCAGACCACUUCUAAACAGCUCACACGCCUCAGCUCCACGACAGCUCGUCCGGCUGCCGCAACACUGAACCUGGACUCCCGGCCACACGCCAAGGCCGCGUCUCCAUCAUCAAUUACCCUGCGCGCAAACUCGACCACAGCACCUGCCAACAACGAAGUCAAGCUCGACUGGGACUCCUUCUUUAAGCUCCGCGCCUCCCGCCGUCGAUACUCCCUCGUCUCCUCAGUUGCCAGCUCCGCUAUCAGCACCACAGCCGGUGUGCAGGUUCUGUCCGGACAGGACCUUGAACAUCUCGGCGCCACGGUUAUGGGCCUCGACCCAUUUGUUGUCCUGGGAUUGGCCACCGCUGCAUGCGGUGCCGUCGGAUGGCUUCUUGGACCGGCUCUUGGAAAUGGUAUUUGGGGACUUGUGUACAGGAAGUACAAGCCGUCCGUCAACACGAAAGAGAAGGAGUUCUUUGAUCGCAUUCGUCGGUUCCGUGUCGAUCCCUCAACCAACUCGAUCUCUAACCCCGUCCCCGAUUACUACGGCGAGAAGAUUGGCAGCGUGGCGGGCUACCGAAGCUGGUUGAAAGACCAGAGGGCUUACAACCGCAAGCGCCGCAACUUCAUUGCCUAA